AAAUGACCAUUUGCUUUCUUUUAUACAGUAUUUUAGCUUCCCUGCCACUGUAGCUCCGUUUAAAUGUUCUGUGCUGCCCCUGAGCCAAAACCAGGAAUUCAUGCCCUUUGUGAAGGAGCUAUCUGAGGCGAUGACCAGAAACAGUGUUUCUCACAAAGUGGACGACUCUUCCGGAUCCAUUGGGAGGCGUUACGCUCGGACAGACGAGAUUGGAGUAGCAUUUGGCAUCACCAUUGACUUUGACACAGUGAAUAAGCAGCCUCACACAGCCACUCUGCGAGACCGAGACUCAAUGAGGCAGAUCAGGGCCGAGGUCAGUGAUUUGCCUGCGAUUGUUCGGGACUUGGCCAAUGGCACGUUGACCUGGGCAGAAGUGGAGAGCAAGUACCCCAUCUUCGAAGGACAGGAGACCAGCAAAAGGGACACUAAUGAAGAGUAAAGCUGACUCACGUGUCAGUCACUCCAUGAAAAUCCACAAACUUUUUGCAAAUGCAUCACCAGGAAGAAUAUUGAUACGCAAUAUAUUGUGAUAAGCUGUGGUGGUGCAUCACUGCAGUCGCUUCUGAUGCCAUGUAUUCAUUAUAUAGAACAGUUGUGGAAAAGAUAACUGCUCUUUCUUUGAUGAGCAGCAUUUCAUUCAUGUACGAUCAUGUAUGUUUAAAAAAGGAGAAAAUGUAAGCAGAUUGUCAGUGGGACCUCUCAUUCCAGUUUUCAGGCAGAUUGGAUUGAGAUACUGUUUCAAUAAAACCACCCAGCACUUACUGGAUAUGGCGGUACAA